AUGUCUGCCGGGCAUCUGGAGAGACAGAGGUCCAUAUCCUCCAGUUCUCGCUCUGUCUCCGCUGCGCUGAUGCCGAGCCCUCCCCUUGAAAUCAACAAUGACUUCGAACCCUGUGCGGCGACGGCCUCUUCGUUCCUGUUUGCACAGGGUUCGACAAUACUAGUUUUACACCAUGAUACUCUUGCUGUUGACCGGAAAUUCGACUUUCAUACGGAAAAUAUCCUCUUCAUCGCUGUCGACAACGUCAGCGAAAGUGGUGCCGGUCGACUGGUAGUGAGUUACGAUACUAGCCAGACUGCGAUCAUAUGGGACAUUUUCACAGGCCAGGAGAUUGCUCGCUUUGCUUCGUUCGAGCUCUUGCGUGUCGCUGCGUGGAUGCGCAAUGGGAAUAUUGCGUUUGGUGGCGUAAAGGGAGAUAUCAUUCUCUUCGAACCUUCCACCUCGGAACAUAUAUCUGCCAGAACCAUAUUCGACCCGAUCACCGCCCUCGCUCCCGCAGCUGAUUGCCGCUCCCAUGCAAUUGGAUACCAUAAUGGUUCAAUAUUAAUAGCGACGCUCCAGCCCUUUACUAUCUUGCACACGCUUAGUACCUCGAGAGGCCCGUCGCCGAUUGUUUCAUUGGCAUGGCAUGCCUCCUCGGCCAAGCAGAAGUCCGACAUGCUGGCGUCUUUGGCAGUUGACGGAGACCUUCUCGUAUGGAGUGUCUCUAAGCAACCGGUACAAGAUGCACCUCGAGUAAUAAGAACCUUGAGAAAAUCGGAAACCGUGGGCAUGAGCCCGAAAUGGCUGGCUUGGUCUAAGAACGGUCGUAUCGUCCAAUAUUCUGAUGGACUUUGGCGAGAUGCCUACGAGCGUAUCCCGACUAUCGAAGGCGUUAAGAGUAUGGCCAAUUAUGGCCCGACAGGGACACUGUUCACGUUGGGACCCAACCACACCGUGCAACAGUAUGAUCUUCUUAAUCCUAUGAUGGUUGCCAACGUUCAACACGUCCCUGGGAACGCGACCUCGACACCCUCUCAGGGUUUGAAUACUUCCAUGCCCCUGCAAGCGGCUCUUGCCUCCUCUUCAGCAAACCAGGCACAUCGGACGAUCGAAGGACUGAGGCAGACCACUGGCAGUCCUCCGCUGCGCUCAACGCAACCCUUUGAGAUGUCAGAGGCCAACCGAGCUGCAUUACGGAGUCCAGACUCUCUGCGCAGUCGGCAUCAUCAUCAACCUCGUUCUUCAAGAAGCCUUCACAGUGGCACGGCGACAACGUUUUCGACGAGUUCACCGGUGCAAUCGGCCGCCGAAAGUGUUUAUUCGUUGAGGUAUGGCUCGUCUACAUCAAUUAUCUCAGGGGGAUCUCUUCAUGGAGGAUCCCGGCUACGUAACGAAUACCUUCCCAGCCCGGCCGACGAGCCUAUCACAGAACUCUUCCCGCACACUCGCAGUCGUUUGAACGAUGUGCCGUUUAGACCUCUACCUCGUUUCAACGAGUCAGAGUCGGAUCCGGAUGCCUUGCGACGGCAGAUGCUACAUGUGGUAUUCGGGUGGGAAGGCGACAUCAUGGACUUGUUGCAGGAUGAAAUACGACGCCAUAGCCCCGGAGGCGAACAUGCCGUGAUUCUUGGUAGAUGGCUUGGAUACGUUGAUUACGAUGUCCUUGUGGGAAUGGCGACCUCGCCAACGUCACGAUAUUCUGGCUGGAUGCUACUCGCCCUGAGCACAUUGAACGGUCAGCACGAGACGAAAAAGAUGGGACACGCCUUUGUGCAGAUAUUACUAGCGAGAAGCGAUAUCCACGCUGCGGUUGCGUUGUUGAUUGGCAUGGGUGAUGGCAACGACGGUAUUGAGGUUUAUGUCGCGAGGAAUAUGUACAUGGAGGCCAUUCUUUUGACCUGUCUUCUGAUGCCCACUGAAUGGUCCAGGCAAUCAUACCUCGUUCGUCGAUGGGGCGAGUUUGUCGUCCAGAAUUCUCAACAGCACCUGGCAAUACGGUGUUUCUCCUGCUCUGACUCCGACAAUAAUGGGAACUGGGGCUCUCCAUCAAUGCAAAUGACGAACAUCCUCUCAAAUCAACUCGCGAGCAGGUCCUCGAGUCCACCGCCGAUGAUUGUCCAACCUUCGGCCCCGGCCAAUUCAUCAACUAGCUCAUCUCGCCCUGCUGCUAAAAAUCAGGCAUUGAAGCUAAUUACAUCCUUCGGCCCCGAUGCCCCAUCCUUUAAAUUCCCAGGUCUACAGUCCGCAGAUCGCACUCCGACCAACAUGCCCGGCAUCACUCCUAUUGAUUCCGCCAUGGGAGAUUCCAUCAUGUCGCCCGGCAGCUUUACUUCGUAUAAACAGAAGUCCGGUCGAUCGAGUCUCUCCGCACGAGCCAUUACUCCUGGGGGUCAUGGAAAUCGCCUUCCGUCCAUCGGAGAAACGCCUACCGAUGUAAACCCGCCGACCUUGAGCGUACCGAAGUCUUUGCCGACACCCGACCACUCUGGCUCGGAGAAGGAAAAAGAAAGCAAUGUUGAUACUGCCCAAAAUCAGCCUGUACAACAAGAGCCAGUUCUAUUCCUAUCUUCUGCCCGAUAUACUCCUCAAAACGAGCCUGCAGAACAAGAACCAAAAACAAGCAUUCCGGAUGAUGGAAAUCUCACUGCUAGACCAAGUUCAAAAGCGGAUUCUCUGCCGGAUAUGCUAGUGUCUUCUCGAAAUGGCUCGAGGGAUCGGAAACCUGAAGGGUUGCACAUUAAAUGGCCUCCGGUCUAUUCACCGAGGGACGUCGAGCCCAGUUCGGGGGGAUCUCUUCCCUCCCUCGCGUCCUCGCUACAGCAGCGAGAAACAAGUAGUGCGGCUGGAGCUACCCCGACAUGGACUAUUGACAGUGCCAGAUCUUUUGCCACUGGGAGCGCGAGUGGGAGAAGUGUUAACGAAUACAUCAGCAGCUUAGACGCGGCAUCCUACUACUCGCACAAGGGAGGUGAUCAAAGCUCUAAAAGUCAUAAAAAGUCUAAGGAAUCCCGGGGCAGGAGCAAACAGCGCUAUAUUCAACCAGCUAAACGAUCUCCCUCAUCGCCUGUUCCCAUGUCACCAGAAGAUCUUGCACUAUAUUCAUCCACUGGAAACGAAUCGUCCAAUAAGAGUGCCCAAGAAUCCAAAAGACAGCGCAGCCGGAGCGAGCACUCCCGUCCACGAUCAUCAAAGGCGAGAGCCCAGUCGCGGCCAAAUGAUGUUCCCGAUCGAAGUCACAACAGGAGCAGACAGGGUGGUAGACGAAGGGAUAAUAGCUUCGGACUGAGAUCGCCUUCCUCGCCAGUUCCGAUGUCACCCUCUGAACACGACCAUGCAGCUGACAAUAGCUUACGUCUCGUGAGCGCAGACCGUCAGCAGCGGAUUCAGUCCAGAGAACGAGCUUCAAGUCGUCGAGCAGAACGCGGCACCAGCAGUCGACGUGAUCCCUCUCCGGAUAGGAGAGCUGGUAGCCGAUCUUGUAGUCGACAGCCACGAGAACAAGGGCCCAUUUCUACGUCGACCAGUAUCAACCAGAUACAAAGCCAGGAGAGGAACAAUGCCCCUGGAUAUAUGACUGAUGGAGCCCCAAUAUUUGUUGAAAACAUUGAUUGGAAUGGUAGCUCUAAGGGCGAGCACAAACAUAGGGAUGCGGAGCGUAUCAGAAAGGAACAAGCCGCUGCAGAACUGGAGGCCCGACGAUUGUCUCUAGCCCGUCGCCCAUCGGCUCCCGUCAUUCCUUUACCGGGCGAAGUUGGAACGCCCAGCAGCAUUGUAUCCGGAAGGUCUCGCAGACAGAGCGGUGGCAGCCCUCCAAUGACUAACGGUUCCUUCAGUCAGAGAGCAGCCGGUCUGUAUAGCGGAUCUCCCGCAAAUUCAACCUACUCUGAUAAUUCGACUAGCAGGGCCCCUCCGGUCCCUGUUGGUCUCCCGGCAACUCCUCGUGCAAUGAAACAUCCCAAAUACAGCGCCGGAUAUCACGAUGUUCCUCCGGUGCCUGAUAUGCCUAGCAUUGAUAACCUGAGUCCUGUUAAUCCUGCUGAUCAGGUGCGUUCGAUCAACAUAUCUCGCUCAAUGUCGGCACCAAUACCAGAGGACACUGGCGAUCAGGCCGUUGAUGGGAUGCCUACACAUCCCCACUUCCGGCCCCGGCUUCCCAGCAGCAGAACUGGUAGGAUUUCCAUGCACAGGAAGGAGGGAUCGCACGAUGCCUCAAUGUUGAAUGGUUCGCAGUAUGGCAGUUUCUCUGGCCAGGCCAGUAGACAAGCAAGCGAGGCGACCGUGAUACCUCCAGUUCUUCCAGAGUUACAGCAUCUCUCAAAUCCUCCGCCACCACCUCCGCCGCCCCCACCAACGGCACCCUCCCAGCCCAUGGAUCCUAACAGCUCCUCACAGUCUGAAGAGCGCAACUCCUUCGUUUCUGGCGUCGGCACUAUCAACAUCGCCAUUGACGAACCCGCUGUCCUUGCCCCGACCGAGAUAACCCACCAGCGGUCGCAAUCAGCUGUACCUCCCACGGAGUACAUGCUGCCACCGACAAUACAUCGUUCGGCCAGCGCACAGGGGUCGAUUCAGGACACGCACACCCACCGCCGUGGACGCAGCAUUAACGACAAUCUUGCAAACAAGUUCCGUAGCUUGACAGGGCGAAUGCGAAGUACUAGCAGGGGACGGAAUGUGCGAACACCACCCUCCAGCGAUCCUGAAACCAUGAUGCCAUACGAAAGUGUGCCGAUGGCGAGUGUGAUGGAGGGCCAUCAUGUUAAGAAUGAAUUUUAGUUUUGAAAUGAAAGGAAGGAUGGGGGGUUGGAGGUACAUUGAUUUCAGAGCUAUCUAUCAGGACGAUGAAGAUAAAAAAUAAUGAUCAAGGACGAGGUUGUUUUUUAUUUUAUUUUAUUUUAUUUUAUUUUUUUUUUCCCUUCGAUGACCGAUGACGCAGAAUUUCCUAACCAUCCCGGAGUUUUUCUUCCAUUUUCUACUCGAACUCUACAGUACUACUUUCGUGGUCAUGAUUUCUGUCUGCCUUAUUAUAUCUCCCCUUUUCGCUAUAUCUGAUGCUUACCUUCUUUCUUCCUUGAGAUAACUAUACCCUAUUUUACUUUCUACCUGAUCAUUUAAUUGACAUAACUCCUAGGCAUAUUGUGUAUUUACCCUUCCGACAGAUGUACAGAACAUUUUUCUCUUUUUA